GAUAAUCUUUCUGUUGUCAUUGGUUGAUUUGUCCUAACCUCCGGAACACACACAAUCAAUGCUAAAGGUUUCGUUUGGGACAGCGAGUAGCUGAAUUUCACUGUGACAGAAUAGACAUUUUUCUGAAGUUUCACAAUGUCGGACGAUAGAGCAGAGCGGUCAGAUGGAAAAAUUGUUAAAAUGGAGGUUGAUUACAGUUCCACUGUAGACCAACGGAUACCGGAGUGCGAAAAAAUGGCUAAAGAAGGACGUCUUCAAGAAGCCGUUGAAAGUCUGCUGUCUUUAGAAAAACAAACGAGAACGGCUUCUGAUAUGGUUUCGACGUCCAGGAUUUUGGUGGCUAUUGUGCAGAUGUGUCACGAGGCAAAGGACUGGGAUGCACUCAAUGAAAACGUUAUGCUACUGUCAAAGAGGAGGAGUCAACUGAAACAGGCUGUGGCAAAAAUGGUGCAAGAGUGCUGCAAGUAUGUUGAUACUUUGACUGACCUUACCAUCAAACUAAGGCUUAUUGAUACCCUAAGGACUGUCACUGCUGGAAAGAUCUAUGUGGAAAUCGAGCGUGCCAGGCUCACCAAGACCUUGGGUACCAUAAAGGAGAAGAAUGGUGAGGUGAAAGAGGCUGCCGCCAUCCUUCAGGAACUGCAGGUGGAGACAUAUGGCUCCAUGGAGAAAAAGGAGAAGGUGGAGUUCAUUCUGGAGCAGAUGAGGCUGUGCAUCGCCGUUAAGGACUACAUCCGCACCCAAAUUAUCAGCAAGAAAAUCAACACCAAGUUCUUCCAGGAGGAGGGCACAGAGGAGUCAAAGCUGAAGUACUACAACCUGAUGAUCCAAGUGGACCAGCAUGAGGGAUCCUACCUGUCCAUCUGCAAACACUACCGUGCCAUCUAUGACACCCCCUGCAUCCUGGAGGACAGCACCAAAUGGCAUCAGGCCCUGAAGAGUGUGGUGCUUUAUGUGAUUCUGGCACCUUACGACAACGAGCAGUCUGACCUGGUCCACAGAAUCAACACUGACAAAAAGCUGGAGGAGAUCCCCAAAUACAAGGAGCUCCUGAAGCAGUUCACCACGAUGGAGCUGAUGCGCUGGGCCUCCGUGGUGGAGGAUUAUGGGAAGGAGCUGAGGGAGGGCUCCCCUGACAGCCCCGCCACCGACGUCUUCACGUACUCCGAGGAGGGCGAGAAAAGAUGGGGGGACCUGAAGAACCGAGUGGUGGAGCAUAACAUCCGCAUUAUGGCCAAAUAUUACACAAGGAUUACCAUGAAGAGGAUGGCAGGCCUCCUGGACCUCUCCAUCGAUGAAUCGGAGGAGUUUCUGUCCACUCUGGUGGUUAACAAGACCAUCUAUGCUAAAGUGGACCGGCUUGCUGGCAUCAUUAACUUCCAGAGGCCCAAGGACCCCAACGACCUGCUGAAUGACUGGUCCCACAAACUGAACUCCCUCAUGGCCCUAGUCAACAAGACCACUCACCUCAUAGCCAAAGAGGAGAUGAUCCACAAUCUGCAGUAGUGGUCAUUUUGAAGACCCUUUGGGUUGUCUGCCUGAAAUGGCCUCAGAAGAUACGUGGGAGGCUGUAAAAAAAAAAGCAAAAUCCUUUUUGCCUUUGGAAAAACGUCUACAAUUUUUUGGACUGUGAACAUCACAACCACCUAAUAUAGUAUGAAGGUGGCACACUCUAGAUUGAUCAAUUGUCAGUUCUGCAGUAUAAUAUUUGUUACCCUCUUGGUUUGGAAAAAAAAUGUUCAAUGUGGCCUGCAGUCGAUGUCUAAAGCAGUCCCUUUACUUUGUCUGCAUCAUUAAAGGUAUGUGGUCCAUUUCUAAAUGUUUGCAGUAGUUCCAUCUUCCUCUUCCUCUGAUGAGGGACAAAGGAUCAGUUUAAGAACAUCUCAGCUGCAGGCUGUUUUAAAACAUAACUGUAAGCUUGUGCUUUUUGAUGUAUAACCUUUGCAAUACAAAAUAUAAAAUCGUAACAAUAA